AUGAUCGUCUUAUGGAUUACACUGCUUGUUCUUCAUCAAGGAUAUACACUCAUUCCAGUGAUCCCAGUUCAAAUUGGUGAAUCUACAAAUUUAACAUGUGCUCUGUCUAAUAAAGAUAAUCGCGAAGGAGACAUCCACUGGUUCAAGCAGAGUGUUGGAGAUAAUCUGAAACUAAUUGUGACUCAGUGGAAAUAUAGAAUACAUCAGUAUGCACCAGAGUUUAAUAACUCAAGAUGGAAGGUUAAUAGUGACGACAAUUUUACCAACCUGACAAUUUUGAGAACAAUCCAAGAGGACGAGGGAAUCUAUCAUUGUGCAUUCAUCAACUGGCUUGGCAUGUCUAAAUCAAGUGGGAUAUAUUUGAUCAUAAAAGGAGACGGUCAGAAGACAUCAGACUACACUGUUGUUCAGUCCACAGCAUCACAUUCAGUCCAUCCAGGAGAAUCACAGACUCUCCAGUGUUCAGUCUUCUCUGACUCUGACAAGAAAACAUGUUCAGGAGAUCUGAGUGUGUUCUGGUUCAGACCUGGAUCAGAUAAAUCUCAUCCAGACAUCAUCUAUACUGAUGGAAACAGACCUGAUGAAUGUGAGAAGAGAUCUGACACUCAGAAGAGCUGUGUUUAUCGCUCCUCUAAGACCUUCAGCUCCUCUGAUGCUGGGACUUACUACUGUGCUGUGGCCACAUGUGGACAGAUACUGUUUGGAAAUGGAACUACUCUGACCAAUGAUGCUUGUUUACAAACUGCACAAUCUGAAAUGAUUGCUCUGGUGGUAGCAAUAAUCUGCUUGGCCAUUUCUGUGAUUGUGAAUAUCGUUUUAAUCCGUUACCGAACUUCAAGAGCAGCACAGGAACAAUUCACAGGAAUAGAAUUUACCUCCUCACAAGCAAGACACGACAAUUUGAGUCAACCAGGAUUUGAUACUACUGAAGGUGGACAUGAUCUGAACUAUGCUGCGCUGCAUUUCUCUGGAAAGAAAGCUAAACGAGGAAAGAAGAAGAUGGAGAUGAAGACUGAGGAGAGUGUGUAUUCUCAAGUUAAAUGCGAAUUGUGA